AUGAUUACGUCUUCGAAAUCUUCAUGUAUUUGUUCGAAGAAUUCUCCUUAUGUUAACCCGGCAGAUAAAUGGUUAUUACAGAAUGCUGUUUUUUAUACUGUUAAUCGCUUUCUUGAUAAAUCAUCAACAAACAAAAAUUGGAGCGUUAUGUUAGAUCCAAACUAUUCGUCAUUAUCAUCAUAUGAACAACAUAAACGAAUUAAUUAUGCAAUUUACGAUUGCUUUGUCGUCACCUUAUUACAUCAGGCAAUUUAUGAUAAAUGGUCGUUAAUUAAACUUCGCGAAGCUCAAUUAAUAUCUUUAUUUACUUCAAAUGCUCCACCUCAUUCGUCAUCAUUAGCUACAUCAACAUUUUUGGAAAAUAUUUCCGACAAUGAACAUGAAGUAACAUCAACAUCUUUACUGAUUUUAAAUGCUCCACGUCAUCCAUCAUCAUUACCAUUAUCAACUUUAUUAGAAGACAUUUCUGAAGAUGAAAGUGAUGAUGAAAUAUUUAUGUCAUCCAUUUCCAGACAUCAUGCUCAUGAUGAUGAUGUUAUAGAACCUAUUGUAUCUGAUCAAGAAUUAUCUUCUAAUGAACCACCUAAACUACGUCGCAAAUGUCGUUCAGUAUCAGCUAGAACACGUCGUAAUCGCAAACGAAAUAUGGUCAAACAUCUACAUCGUGAUUAA